GGCCGGGGCGGGGCGGGGCCGGGCCUGGGGCGCUGGGGAGGGCGGGCUCGCCCUGCCGGCGGCGCGGCCAUGCUCAUCACGCUGUGCUACCUGUACCUGUGGGCGCGCUGGGGUCGCCGGCCGGCUGAGCUCGUGCGCGCCACGGUGCGGCGGCUGCGCGCCUCACGCUGCUCCUUCACCUUCUGCGGCGCGGCUGCGCAGCCCCCCGGCGCCCGCGUGUGCCUGAGCCGCGGCGGCCGCGUCUUCUGCGUCAGCGACAGCCAGUCCAUUGAAGACUUGAACAAGUGGGCUCUAUUUCUUGUGUCUCCUUUUAUACUUGAAGCAGAACACAUAGCAUUUGUGACGGAGAGCAUUUGGGUACAAAGUGAGAAUUUACAGAGAUCAUCCUCUUCCUCAGGAACUAUUGUCAAGUGGUCAGACUGUUGUUUGCCAUUAGCUUGCAGACCUGGGGAUCCUUAUCGGCUAAUUGCUGAAGCAAGUGUGGACAACUUCAGCAAGCUGGGGGUGGCAUUCAUGGAAGAUAGACUCCACAUGGAUAAUGGACUGGUACCCCAAAAGAUUAUGUCGGUACGCUUGCAGAACUCCACUCUGAAGGAAGUUAAGGAUCAGGCCUCAAACAAGCAAGCCCAGAUCCUAGAGCCGAAGCCUGAACCUUCUCUUGAGAUUAAGCCUGAGCAGGACAGUAUGGAGCACGUUGGCAGAGAUGACCCAAAGGCUCUUGGUGAAGAACCCAAACAAAGGAGAGGCAGUGCCUCUGGGAGUGAGCCUGCUGGGGACAGUGACAGGGGAGGGGGCCCCAUUGAGCAUUAUCACCUCCAUCUGUCUAGUUGCCACGAGUGUCUGGAACUUGAGAACAGCACCAUUGAGUCAGUCAAGUUUGCAUCUGCCGAGAACAUUCCAGACCUUCCCUACGAUUAUAGCAGCAGUUUGGAGAGUGUUGCUGAUGAGACCUCCCCUGAAAGAGAAGGGAGAAGAGUCAACCUCACAGGAAAGGCGCCUAACAUCCUCCUCUAUGUGGGCUUCAACUCCCAGGAAGCCCUCGGCCGGUUCCACGAGGUCCGGUCCGUGCUGGCUGACUGUGUGGACAUUGACAGUUACGUUCUCUACCACUUGCUGGAGGACAGUGCUCUCAGAGACCCGUGGAUGGACAACUGUCUGCUGUUGGUCAUUGCUACCAGGGAGUCCAUUCCUGAAGACCUGUACCAGAAGUUCAUGGCCUAUCUUUCUCAGGGAGGGAAGGUGUUGGGCCUGUCUUCGUCCUUCACCUUUGGUGGCUUUCAGGUGACAAGCAAGGGUGCACUGCGGAACACAGUCCAGAACCUGGUUUUCUCCAAGGCUGACCACAGCGAGGUGAAGCUCAGCGUCUUGAGCAGUGGCUGCAGGUACCAGGAAGGCCCCGUCCGGCUCAGCCCCGGCGGGCUCCAGGGCCACCUGGAGAAUGAUGACAAGGACAGGAUGAUUGUGCAUGUGCCUUUUGGAACUCACGGGGGAGAAGCUGUUCUUUGCCAGGUGCACUUGGAACUACCUCCAAGCUCCGACAUAGUGCAAACUCCAGAAGAUUUUAACUUGCUUAAGUCAAGCAAUUUUAGAAGAUACGAAGUCCUUAGAGAGAUUCUGACAACCCUUGGCCUCAGCUGUGACAUGAAACAAGUUCCUGCCUUAACUCCUCUUUACUUGCUGUCAGCUGCGGAGGAAAUCCGGGAUCCUCUUAUGCGAUGGCUUGGGAAACACGUGGACUCCAAGGGAGAAAUAAAAUCCAGCCAGCUCUCUCUUAGAUUUGUUUCAUCCUAUGUGUCUGAAGUAGAAAUAACCCCAUCUUGUAUACCUGUGGUGACCAACAUGGAGGCCUUCUCAUCAGAAAAUUUCAACUUGGAGAUCUAUCGUCAAAAUCUGCAGACCAAGCAGUUGGGGAAAGUAAUUUUGUUUGCUGAAGUGACCCCCACAACGAUGCAUCUCCUGGAUGGGUUGAUGUUUCAGACACCGCAGGAAAUGGGCUUAAUAGCGAUCGCAGCCCGGCAGACCCAGGGCAAAGGACGGGGAGGGAAUGCGUGGCUGAGCCCUGUGGGAUGUGCUCUUUCUACUCUGCUCAUCUCCAUCCCACUGAGAUCCCACCUGGGACAGAGGAUCCCGUUUGUCCAGCAUCUGAUGUCCGUGGCUGUCGUGGAAGCGGUGAGGUCCAUUCCCAAGUAUCAGGAUAUCAACUUACGAGUGAAGUGGCCCAACGAUAUUUAUUACAGCGACCUCAUGAAGAUCGGCGGAGUUCUAGUUAACUCAACGCUCAUGGGAGAAACAUUUCAUAUACUUAUUGGCUGUGGAUUUAAUGUGACUAACAGUAACCCUACCAUCUGCAUCAACGACCUCAUCACAGAAUACAAUAAGCAACACAAGGCCGAACUGAAGCCCUUGAGAGCCGAUUAUCUCAUCGCCAGAGUCGUGACUGUGCUGGAGAAACUGAUCGAAGAGUUUCAGGACAAAGGGCCCAACAGCGUCCUUCCCCUUUAUUACCAAUACUGGGUCCACAGUGGUCAGCAAGUCCAUUUGGGCAGCGCAGAUGGACCAAAGGUGUCCAUCGUUGGCCUGGACGAUUCUGGCUUCCUCCAGGUUCACCAGGAGGGCGGCGAGGUUGUGACUGUGCACCCCGAUGGCAACUCCUUCGACAUGCUGAGAAACCUCAUCCUCCCCAAACGGCGGUAAUGCCGGGCGUCCCUGAGACAGGCCUGGGCCUGCCCUCCUGACUCACCGGGCCUGGCACCUGGGCAGCAGGCGAGGAUGCCACUGGGCUGGGGUCUGAGCCCAGUGCAGAACCACCACCGUGAGCAUUCAGCUUUCAUCGCGGCCGCCUGUCCGUGCCCAUGCAUCUGGAAAUCUACUUUAGAGUUGCAGGUGAAUUUUCUCUUCCUCCAAUUCAUUUGUGAAGUCUUUGAUUCUUUUUCUGUGUUUCUGUUUUUUGUUUUAGGUUUGUUUUGUUGUCGUUUUCUUUGGUGUUUGAAGAGGCUCUGGGCUAGAUGGUUAAGAAGUAGCACAUUUAGUUUAGGGAAAGCCCUCCCACGGGUGGGAGACCGCUCUCCCCUCUGGGGCUUGGACUUCUGUUUAUUGUCAGGGGGAGUUUUGACAUGGAAAUGGCAAUGGGAGAAUUCAGAUAUUUUCCCCGUAGUGGAGACCUUUACCCCUAGUCUAUGAAAAAACAAACCAAAAUAUGCUCUUGGGCCCAGGACAGUGGUGAGUUAGAGGUAUGCUAUCACUGUCUAAGCAUCUAGGGAGGUGUUGAACUAUAAGAACAUGAUUUGACACUUAGUCAUUGUUCUGUGUUUUUACUAAUGAAGGAAAGGGAAGGUAGACUUCCAAGAGUUACUCUCCCCUCCACCCCGGUGGUGUGGCCCCAUAGCGAAGUCUAAACACCUGUAGAGACACAGCUAACCCGUGUGGUUGCAAUGACCUUGUAGAGGAAAUCGGAUAAUUACUUUCACAUCAUUCAAUGAGCUCUCCUUUCCUAAGGAAGUUUAAAUGUCCUGAGUUAGGGACUUACUUUCUUAAGUAAGUUUAAAUUUACUGCAUAUUGUGAAGAGAUGGGAUCAAGUUCAGAAUCCUUAAAUGUCUGAUUAGGCAUCACUUGGAUGAGGAGGUGGGCGAUUUGGCUUUAACAGCUGGAGAUGAAGGCACACUCAUACCACAUACAAGGGAGGACUUGGAGCUUUUAACCCAGUUUCAGAUUCACUCUGAGAUGUGGAGCAUUCCCGCAAGACUGUGCAGCUCACAGGAUAUAGAAGACAUGACAUUUCACUCAGAAGUCACAGGGUUUUUGCCCCCCUGAUUUACCCCAUAUUACCAAGAAAGAAAAUGGUAUUGAUACUGAACACCAUCAGUUCAGAGGGAGGAUGUGUGUGUGCCUGCCCGCAUAUGUGUUUGCGUGCGUGUGUACGCACAUAGCUUUAAAAGAAGAUACUCAAAAUCUGAUGUGCUACAAGUCUCAUCAAAGAACAAAAGAAAGGAAGGCUUUUGAUAUGCACUCACUUUUCCCAGAUGUACACCAUGCCUUUUCCAUGUCCCUCCUAUCUCUGUUGAACUUAUGAAUCAUACCUGUUACUUUUCAGCUUUAAAAGGCCAAUUUUUGUCCAGUUUUCUCUCUCCCUGCCAGUCCCAGCUGAAAUUAGUGGAAAGAAAGUUUGAUGGCACUUUCAGCUUUGAACAAAAUCCCUUCAUUGUAAACUAGCACCAUCUUUAUCCAGGUCUUACCCAGUCAGGCUAAUUCGAGAAACUUGUGGUUUUUAGUAUAAAAUUUGUCUACCUUUAGCCAGGCACAGGACCGCCCCAUAGGAAGAAAAAAUACCCAAUAUAUAUUUUUUGGAAAUGAAACAUUAAAAGAACUUAAAAAGUAAUUUUUGGAAAUGAGGCUUCAAUUAGAAUUAUUAUUCUCAAAAAAACAAAAACGAGCAAACAAACCACAAAGAAACUACUCUUCUCCAAAUGCCCAAGCCUUCUUUUGAAAUUAGAAGCUUAAAUAAAAUAUAAGUCCACACCACCCCCAAAUUACAAAAUGGACUCACCCUUGAGAGGGCAUCUGCACAAUAUCAUCAGGGACAAAGAUCUCGAGGCUAACGACGUAGGUUUCAUUUCUCAGACUUUGUAAUAUAAGGCAAGCCCUCUAAGAGCUGCCAUCAUCACUUUUUGAAUUUCUUUGGGGGUUAUUUAAUGAAAAACAUGCUAUGUUUUGUUUUAAGCUGAAGUCCUAUUCUGGACAUUCUGCUUUGGGAAAAAAAUGUUAUCAUUUAAUUUCCUUUCUGCAAAUGAAAACUAAUGAAGUGUGGCCUUGUCAAAGGAUAUGGAGAUGUUCCGGGCAUACUGCUGUGCUCUGUGCUUUCCAACAGGCGCUUCUCCGCCACGCAGGAGACCCAGUUGUCUGAGGGAGGUAAAGCAGCCUUGUAGCAGAUGCUGCGUUUUCCAUAAAUCUGAUUUUGCCUCACGUGAACCAAAGACUCUCAAAACUCUGCUUCCUAUAGAAUUAGCUGAAUAAAGGCAUUUUACUGAUAGCUGUUAGUGGUAGCGAAACCCGUCUACCUGCUAUACCACACUCUCCAAUUUGGGCCAUUUAUGCACCCUGCCACCUGGAAUGUGAAGGCGCUUUAAAGUCUUAAUGGGAACUUGGCAUUUUCUUCAUGAUCUUUGAAAUGUGGUCACUAAACUCAGGAUUGGCCUGUGCUUUUAGAACACUGGAGUAGCCCUUGCUUUAGAGGCUGUGCAUUGAGUAUUGACCGUAUUUUGUAAAAGGCAAGAUAUCCUCCCUUCCAGGCUGGUAACAGGUUUCGGGGGACUCUUGGGGAAGUGCCCCCUAAAAUCGAACACAGCAAUAACUGCGCUUCCUGUCCCCACCCCCACCCCAGCAGUGCUUUUUGGCACUGGGAACUCUGCCAGGGAGUGGUGGAAGUAGGAAGGAUUUGUGUUCGAAGUAAAAUCAUGGUUGAGUUUCACUGCAGCAGGCUGACGUUGCCUCAUGUGAGAGCAAGCGGCCCACUGGGUUGCGGGUGCACAGGCCCACAUCAGGGGAGCACGGGCCACAGAGCACAGCCUCUGGGGGUCCGCCAAGCCACAGCAUAUGCAGCAGGGUCGCCCCUUGCCCUGGUGUCUGGGAACAAAGAGAGGAGCCAGCCUCACCACACUGCUUCAGAUGGAGAAGGGAGGUGGGGUGGGCGUCCAUUCUCCAGAUCUGUUUGCUCUUAACAGGCAGAAUAUGGGAGAAUCCUUAUUGCUGGUUAAUCACUAUGCAUAUUUGAAAUAAAAGAAAAUGUAAGCCUCUGCAUUUUAACUUCUCAAGGAAUGUCUCUGAAAAGAAUCACUUCAAACCAAUGCCUAUAAAAAGCAAGUCUAGCAAAAUAAACUAAGACUUUCUAUGUGGUUUGGGCUCAACCUUAUUUUUACAAGUUUCAUUUUUAAAAGUAGGCAACUACUUUGGGUUACAGUAUUUUUAUUCAUAUUUAAACAUAUUUUUACAAAAUAAAUAAAGUGUUUUACAUAAUAAGGAAUAUGUAUGUAUUUCCAAGUAUUAAGAAGCCAGGUGUUUUUUUUUGUUUUUUGUUUUUUUUUGAUGUAUUAUUGACAGAAGUAUUCAGCGCCAUACACAAGAGAAAUAUUAUUACUCCAAAGAAUGAAAGUUAAUAAAACCCCAAAGCAAAAACCCUUUUAAUUGAGGUGAGAAAUAAAUUUAAUGUAACAAC